UAAUAAGUCGUAUUCUGUGUUCGUUAUUAUUAAAAUGGAAUUGAGCAGUAAUGUUAACCACUGCUAUACAAACACAGAAGUUGAACCUUCGAGCAAGCCGCCUCCACACCCACCACCGAACAAGAAGAAAUACACUCUCCACGCAGACAAGGACAGUUAUGAUUUUGUCGCUCACAGGUCUACCAGAAAGCCAACUAAUACCUUAGAAUCAAUAGGGCAUCUUGUAAAAGGUUGUUUGGGUGGUGGAAUUUUGGGUAUACACGAGGCUUAUAUGAAAUGUGGAUUGUGGAGUUCUCUCGUUAUUACAAUCGUCUUUGGAUUUUACAUUACGUACUGCGUGCAUAUUCUGGUGAAAUCGGCACAAAUAUUGUACAAAAGGCUGCAUGUACCAGAGAUGUCAUAUCCUGAUGUCGCUGAGGCGUCAUUGGAGAUAGGACCGUUCCCAAAACUAAGGAAGUACAGCAAAUGGUUCAGAUACGCAGUAGACUUGAUUAUCUGCAUAGACCUGUUUGGGGCCUGCUGCGUCUACCAAAUCAUCAUAGCGAAGACCAUUAAACAGCUGAUCGGGGGCAAUGAGGGAAUCGAUUCAGAAAACCUGAAUUACUUGAGGCUUUACAUCUUAGCUCUAUUAGUUCCAAUACUUCUGUUAUGCAUGAUCACAACACUGAAAUACUUAGCGCCUUUCACUCUCCUCGCUGAUGUGUUCAUAGUUGCGUGCGUGAUAGCGACGGUAGUGUACAGUCUACGUUCAGCGCCGGAUAUCUCGACGGUUCCAGCUUGGAAAGAUGUCAUAGGGUUCUUUGAAUUCUGCGGAAUCGUCGUCUUCAGUAUGGAGGGCAUCGGUGUUUCGCUUCCAAUUGAGAACAAUAUGAAAGAGCCAAAGAAGUUUCCAAUAAUCUUAAGUGCCGGUAUGACCGUGGUGGUGUCGUUUUUGAUAGUAGUUGGCUUUUUCGGAUACUGGGGCUUUGGCGAAAGCUCCAGGUCGCCUGUUACUCUGAAUUUUCCAUCAGAAAUUUUCGCUACAAUAAUGAAGUGCCUAAUGGCUGUCAUGAUCUUCGUGACCUUCGCCUUGAACUUCUGGGCUCCUUUCAAUUUGGUAUGGCACUAUGUGUCCAAAAAGCACGACCCUAAAAAGCACUGGCUGUGGGAGAGACUAUACCGAGGCUCAUUCAUUAUUGUCAUCACAGCCAUUGCUAUCGCCUUCCCCAAUAUUGGAAAUUUGAUGGGAUUGCUAGGAGCGUUCUGCCUAUCCAACAUGGGCUUUAUAUUCCCAGCUAUCAUAGAGCUGUUAGUUGUUUGGGAGGAUCCGGGUCUCGGGAAAUACCGAUGGCGUUUAUGGAAGAAUGUAUUCGUUUUGUUAGUAGGAAUCCUCCUUUUCAUAGCGGGUACUUAUUCAAACGUGAAAGGUUUGAUAGCUAACUUAUAGCUCGAAUGA